UUGAUUGAUCGUCAACAUUGCUGAUUUUUUCUUUCUUUCUCUGCAUUUCAAGUUGUUGUUAAAUUCAUGUUUUCUACCUGAUUUUUUGUUCUCAAAUCAAAUCGAUUAAUAAUGAUGAUGAACGUAACAAAUUCCGAAAAUGCAUUAAAAUCAUAUUGUAAAUCAAAAGGUUAUGAAAAACCAAUUUAUCGUAUUGAAUCAAGGCAAUCAAUAAUAUUAGAAAAUAAUGUUUAUCGUCAUAAACAUUAUUUAUGUUCGGUUAAAGUUAAUGGUAAACAUUUAGCUAAUGGUGAUGGUUUUAGUAAACGUAUAGCAAGAAAAAAAGCAGCAAUGUUUGGUCUACAAAAUCUUCGUAUUCUAGAAUUGACAAAUUUUUUCAAUGUUUUUCGUGAUAUUCUACCACAACGUGCUUUGGAAUAUCAUGAUCAUCAACGUGGUCAACCGGCAAAUAUUCAACUAAAUGUAUCAUUUCAAAUAGCAUCGAACAGUAAUCAAAAUGAAAAUGUUUAUAAUGAAAUUUUACCACAAAAUAUUCGACCAACAAUAAUGGAAAAACCAUCAUCAUCAUCGACGAAUAACGAUAAUGAUAAUGAUCAGAAUAAUGGUGAUGAAAAUCAACAGCAACAGCAAGAACCGAAAUCAGUAAAAAUUAAUGUAACAAAAACAUCAAACAGUCCACAUAAUGAUGAUGAUGAUCCAUCUGAUGAUUUAAUUCGUGCUGCUAUUGUUAAAUUACGUAGCUAUAAUGAUGUUGUUGAUGAAAUAAAAAUUUAUCAUGAAAAUAAUAAUGGUAAUGGUAAUGCGAAUAAUCAAAUGAAUAGUAUGGAUAAUAAACGAAUAAUGAAUGAUGAACAACCAAAUCAACAACAACAACAACAACAACAACUGAAUCAUAUUCAACAAGUAAUGAUGAAUAAAAUUCAUAAAUUAAAUAUUCAAGAUGAUGAUAAUAAUGAUGAUAAACAGUCAAUCAUUGAACCAAUUGAAGAUAUUGUCGAUAAUGAUGAUAAAAAUGGCACCAAAUUGAUUCAAAAUGAAAAAAUUUAUAAAAUUUAAUUGAAUUUUUAAAAAUUGAUGAAACAAAAAA